GUUCAAUUGUAGUAACGCAGUUGACCGGCCUAGACGGAAAAAAUUUAGCAGGCGGUGUUUAGACAGUAUUCAUACUCUAAUAUAUUUUAUAUUAACGCGAGUUGUUUAAUAAAAUCGAACAAAAUGUGGCGCUCAGUUGCUACAGUAUUUAUUGUUGGCUUAAUUGCAAUUGCAAAUGCCGGUGAACAGGAUGUGCUGGAACUCGGUGAUGACAAUUUUGUGUCGACUCUGAAGCAGCAUGAAACAACAUUGGUUAUGUUCUAUGCACCAUGGUGCGGCCAUUGCAAGCGCUUGAAGCCCGAAUAUGCCAAGGCAGCUGAGCUGGUGAAGGAUGACGAUCCUCCAAUCAAAUUGGCCAAGGUCGACUGUACCGAGGCGGGCAAGGAUACGUGCAGCAAGUUCUCGGUGAACGGUUAUCCAACCCUGAAGAUCUUCCGCCAGGAUGAGGUGUCACAGGACUACAAUGGACCACGUGAGGCUAAUGGCAUUGUCAAGUAUAUGCGCGCUCAGGUUGGCCCUGCUUCGAAGCAGGUGCGUAGCGUGGAGGAACUUGCCAAGUUCCUGGACACCAAAGAUACCACAAUCUUUGGCUACUUCAGCGAUGUGGACUCAAAGCUGGCUAAGACAUUCCUGAAGUUCGCCGACAAGAAUCGCGAGAAGUAUCGCUUUGGCCACAGCGAGGACAAGGAUGUUCUUAAGCAGCAGGGCGAAACCGAUAAGAUUGUGCUCAUCCGCGCCCCACAUCUGAGCAAUAAAUUUGAGGCCUCUACCAUCAAGUUUGAGGGCAGCUCCGAGUCUGAUCUAACCACAUUUAUCAAGGAGAACUUCCAUGGCUUGGUUGGUCACCGCACCCAGGACACAUCCAAAGAUUUCCAGAAUCCGUUGAUCACCGCUUACUACAGCGUCGAUUAUCAGAAGAACCCCAAGGGCACCAACUACUGGCGUAACCGAGUGCUUAAGGUGGCCAAGGAGUUCGUCGGCCAGCUGACAUUCGCUAUCAGCUCCAAGGAUGACUUCCAACAUGAAUUGAAUGAGUUCGGCUAUGACUUUGUCGGUGAUAAGCCCGUCAUUUUGGCUCGCGAUGCCAAGAAUCUCAAGUAUGCGCUCAAGGAAGAGUUCUCCGUCGACAAUCUGAACGAUUUCGUUGAGAAGCUGCUGGCCAACGAAUUGGAGCCAUACAUUAAGAGCGAACCCGUGCCCGAGUCCAAUGAUGCACCUGUCAAGAUUGCCGUCGCCAAGAACUUCGAUGAAGUUGUCAUCAACAACGGCAAGGAUACGCUGGUCGAGUUCUAUGCCCCAUGGUGCGGUCACUGCAAGAAAUUGACUCCCAUUUACGAUGAGUUGGCCGAGAAGCUGCAGGACGAAGAUGUUGCCAUUGUGAAGAUGGAUGCCACGGCCAACGAUGUGCCACCAGAGUUCAAUGUGCGCGGCUUCCCAACGCUCUUCUGGCUGCCCAAGGAUUCAAAGAACAAGCCUGUUAGCUACAAUGGCGGUCGCGAACUUGAUGAUUUCAUCAAGUACAUUGCCAAGGAGGCGACCACAGAACUGAAGGGCUUCGAUCGCAGCGCCAAGCCCAAGAAGACCGAGCUGUAAGCCAACAACACACAGCUGUGUCUGCGUCUAAAUUUAGUCUGUAACUAAGUAGCAUUUCCAUAUUUUUGUAAAAUCGAAUGCAUUCUCAGAAACAAAAAAUGAAACAAAAUGUAAACAAAA